CGAGAAGAAGCCUGAUAUCCGUCUGUUCGUCGCCCGGUGAAAAUUUUAAAAAUUUUCGCAUUUUUGGUGAUUUUUAGUAAAAUUACACUGUGAUGGAGUCGGCACCAUCGCUAGAGACAGUGCUUAAUGCGCUCCAAGCGUUGUAUCGUAAUCCAGAUAUUGCAGGGAAGGAAAAAGCAUCAGUAUGGCUGGGGGAAAUGCAAAGAUCGGUGUUUGCCUGGCAGAUUGCAGACCAACUCCUGCAGAUUAACCAAGAUGUGGAGUCAUGUUAUUUUGCAGCUCAGACCAUGAAAAUAAAGAUUCAGUAUGCAUUUCACGAAUUACCUGCAACUGCACACAUGUCUUUGAGGGACUCCCUGUUAAACCAUGCAGCCAAAGUGGGACCAGCUACUCCCCCUGUCAUUGUGACUCAGUUAUGUCUUGCCCUGGCUGACCUGGCUCUGCAGAUGGCCACUUGGAAGCAUGCAACCACUGAAAUUAUACAAAAGUUUGGUACUAAUUCCCAGCACCUGUUCUUUCUGCUGGAGGUCCUCACAGUUCUCCCAGAAGAGAUAUCCAGUAGAUCACUGAGGCUAGGAGCCAAUAGGAGGAAUGAAGUUACUGAAGAAAUGAUGCAAGCAGCUCCCCUGGUACUCAACCUAUUGACUUCAUGUCUAACCCAGUACCCAGACCCUGGCCAACAACCCACUUCAGAGAUCCAGUUCAGGCCUCAUGUUCGGAUAUACAGAUGUCUAAGUAGCUGGUUCAAUAUUGGAGCCAUACCUCAGGAACAUAUCGUCAACUCACCUUUAUUGACUGCACCCUUCCAGGCACUGUGUAAUCCCAAGUGUUCAUCAGAAGUCCACGAGGCUGCAACUGACUGUAUAUGUAGUGCCCUCUAUAUUUCUGAGAAUCUGGCCAAGUACAGACUAUUAGCCCAGGCAUUGUUCCAGGGAGUACAGACCUUACCUGAUGCUUACCAUGUGUCUGUAGCAGAGGAAGACAUUGACAAGUCUUUAAACUAUUGUCGCAUCUUCACAGAGAUGGCCGAGUCAUUUCUUGAUUCAAUUACCACUACGCCAGGCCAGGAUUUUGGAGAUUUUAGAACUAUAGAAUUGGUCUUAACCUGUAUAGGACACCAUCAGUAUGAGGUGGCUGAGAUUACAUUCAACUUCUGGUAUCGACUCUCUGAGAUACUUUUUAACAAAAACGAGGAAGCCAAAAAUAUAUUAUUCAAACCCUACAUAGAGCGUUUGAUGGUUGCACUUUGCAGACAUUGUCAGGUUGACCCUGAUCACGAAGGCUUACUGGAUGAAAGUGACGAUUUCUUUGAUUUCCGAUUACGAGUAUCAGAACUGAUUAAAGAUAUAGUGUUCCUAAUAGGAUCCUCAUCAUGCUUUGCACAGAUGUUCCAGCACCUUCAAGCCCAGUCUUCUUCAACAACCUGGGAUUCUUCAGAGGCUGCCCUCUAUAUUAUGGCUGCAGUAGCCAAAAACCUUUUACCAGACGAGGGUGAAAUUGUCCCCCAGGUGCUCCAAGCAGUUCUAAAUCUCCCCCAAGAUGCACAUGUAGCUGUUAGGUACACCAGCACUUUCCUGGUAGGGGAACUCAGUGAAUGGAUAAACUUGCAUCCAAACUAUUUAGAGCCAGUAUUGCAGUUUUUACUUAGUGGUCUUCAAAAUGUUCAAUUGUCCACCAUAGCUGCCAAAUCUCUACAAAAUGUCUGCUCUCAGUGUAAAGAAAAAAUGACGGAACAUUUUCCCGGUUUACUCCACAUUAUCCAAUCAAUGGAGACGUUUAAUCUCAGUCACGAAGCUGCAGUCGGCUUACUUAUGGGUACUUCUGUUAUUCUGGCGAAAAUGCCACAUGAAAAGAUUACUGAAGGCUUCAGACAAUUAUGUGCAGUACAAAUAACCCCUCUUUCAAAACUCAUAGAAAGUGGUCCAAAUAAUGAAAUCAAGAAGGGAAACACAUCAGAUCCAAUUAUAUGGAUAGAUAGACUAGCAGUAAUAUUUAGGCAUAGCAGUCCCAUAAUAGUAAAUGGACAGCAACAUCCGUGUCAGCCUGUUAUUCAAGAGUUAUGGCCAGUUCUGUCUAACGCAUGUGCCAAGUACCAGUCAGACAUUAGGAUCAUAGAGAGAUGUUGUAGGUGUAUACGCUUUGCCGUUAGGUGUCUUGGGAAACACUCCUCUGGUCUACUGCACCCCUUAGUCACACAAAUGGUCAAUUUGUACCAGAAUCACCAGCACUCAUGUUAUCUUUAUCUUGGAAGUAUUCUAGUGGAUGAGUAUGGAAGGGAGGCAGGCUGUAUAUCAGGACUGCUGGACAUGUUACAGGCAUUUUGUGGUCCUACAUUCAAGAUACUGGAGGAAGCUAAUGGUCUACGUAACCAUCCUGAUACUGUAGAUGAUCUCUUUAGACUUUGUACUAGGUUCACUCAAAGGGCACCCCUGCCUUUCUUACAACAUACAAUGAUGAAACCGAUUCUGUGUUGUGCCAUAGCUGCAUGCUCAUUAGACCACAGGGAUGCCAACGCCUCUGUCAUGAAGUUCCUCUCAGAGCUGAUUAGGAUUGCUCAUCAAGAUGAUGAUGGAGCAGAUGCUGAAACAAAACGCACAAUAGUGAUGUCUCUCAUAUCUGAACAUGGUCAAGCUUUGACUCAAUCUAUAUUGAAUGCAACAGUGUUCUGUCUGCCAUCAUACAUGGUCACAGAUGUGGCAGAGGUUGUACAGGAGCUGAUGGUGGUUGAUAGACCAGUGUUCUGUAAGUGGCUGGAGGUUGCAUUGAAGACAAUGCCCACAGAGAGCCAUGGCGGUGCAGUUAAUGCCACUCAUAAACAACUCACUGACUUUCAUAAAGCAUGCACAAGUGCUGAAGAUCUCCCUAUGGUAUCCCGAGCAUUAAAGGACUUUUGUCGACUUUUCCGAUAGCAGAAACCUCAAUAUAGUAAUGGCAGUAUAUAGUCUUAAUAGAUUGGCAGCAAGCAUGGCAGAGUGGCAGCAUAUCUUAGUACAGUGGCAGUGUAAUGUGGCAUUCACAUGUCGAUUGGCAGAACCUUGCCUAACAUUUCACCAAUGUAUAUUUAAAAUGAAUGGAUAUUGACUAGAAUUUGUAAAGAAUGAAAUAGACAGAAAACCUAGGAUUGUUGGUGUCUUCCUCAAUAUGUUAACAUAGAGAGGGGUUAACUACAGAGAUGUUCAUAUACACAGGUUUUGCUAUUUAUACAAAUUGCAGAAAUCUCUCAUUUUAUGAGCAAGUUACAUAUAUAGAAACAUAACCAAGGGUUCUUAAAACUAUAGGCAAAUAUGUGAUUUUGUAUUACAAUUAUUCAUUGAGAAACACACCAUCAAGGCGUGAAUGGAAAUAGAGAUUUUGAAUGUGUGUUAUGUUUUAGCAACAACCAAUUAUGUCAUUCUUUCAUAAACACUUUAUUUGCCCCAGGAGGAUGAACAAAAUCCAGUGUUGAUGAUACAUAUUUAAAAAAAACUAGAUAUAUCCUUCUUAAGGUUUAGGACCCC